AUGGUUCCAGAAGGCCUGUUACUGACCAUGAAUUCCAGUGUGAUUCAUAAAAAUGAAGUAAUUCUCUUCAAUGCAUUACUGAGUAAAGGAACUGAUGUGAUAUACUGCUGGAACAUGGGCGAUCAGACUUCCUAUGUAGAUGAAGGUCCUAUAAUUAAGCACAAGUUUUUGUCUGCUGGAGUUUACAAUGUCACAGUAAAUGCACGGAAUAAAGUGGGGAUGGCCUCAACCUACGUCAGUGCCGCAGUACUUUACAGAAUGCAGCCUGUUUCUAUCUCUACAAACAAGACUAUAUAUGCUACCUAUUCUGAUAUCGUAUUCACAGCAUUAACUACAGAGGAUGACCCAUUGCAGUUUGUUUGGUAUUUUGGAGAUAAACUGCCAGUGAAAACUACAUCUAGAAGUAUAACCACAAGAUAUUCAACUCCAGGGAGGUACAAUGUGAUCGUAAAUGCCUCGAAUCAGAUUAGUUCUUUCACAUCAAACAUCUACCCUGUAGAGGUACAGCAGAUAGUUGAGCCGAACAGGCUUCGAAUGAACAAUCAAGAUCUUAUUUCAGUUCUCUUAAACUCUAGUGUUGUGAUGGAAGCGCGCAUUAACUAUGGAACCAAUCUCUCUUAUUGGUGGAAUUUUGGUGAUGGUACUGUGAUGAUUGGGAACAGGAGGGAGUAUCACAGUUACGACAGGGAAGGAGAAUUUACUGUUCAAGUGGUCAUAUUUAACAAUGUGAGCUCUGCCGCACUCUCUGGCCAGCUGUUUGUUAUUUCUGAGAAUUGUCAGCCUCCUCCAGUGAAAAGCUAUGGUCCAUCAAAAAUAGAGGUUAGAAGAUACCAGUCCUUCAAGCUUGGAGUUACAUUUGAGAGUGAGUUUGUCUGUAACAUCUCCAGAGGCGUUCAGUACAGCUGGUCCUUCUUUCAAUCAGAUGCUUCGCUGGUCACACUGUCACAGGUUGAUGUUAGCAAACAGUUUAUACUCAUUCCAGGCUAUCUGUUGGAUUAUGGAAUCUAUCUUGUAAUUGCCAGGGUUCAAAUCGUUGGCAGUGUGGUUUAUAACAAUUACACUGUAAAUGUUGAGGUCCUUGCUACCCCGCCAGUGAGUCUGAUUUCAGGUGGUACACAGCUCUUCAUAACCUAUAAGCAUGAGUCCAUCAUUAGUUUGAAUGGAUCAGAAUCAUAUGAUCCGGAUUAUCCAGGCACCGCAAACCUGAGAUUUUCCUGGGCUUGUGAAACAGUGAGUGGAUUAAAUGUUCCUUGCUUCAAGCCUGAUGCACCAAACCCACUGAACACAACUUCCAGCACAGUCAGUGUCUCGAUGUCUGCACUGAAAACUGACAUUGACCAGUUUCUCUUCAAGUUAACAGUUAACAAUAAUAACAGAUAUUCUUCAGAAGCACAACAGUUUAUAACCAUCAAAAAGGAAGACAACUUAAGACUGGUAAAACUGUUCUGUGUUGAAUGUUUGAAUAAUUCCAUCAACUGGAAUGAUGCGUUUUCUGUCAAAGCUGUGUGUGAGGAGUGCUCAGAAGCUUUGAACCUCUCGUACUCCUGGAGGUUAUAUCUCGUAAAUUCAACUGAAACGGAACCUAUCGUAGUUCCAUUCUGUAAACUGGUGGUAGACAACUUACAGUCAAAUUUAUAUGGCCCUGUUGCAACUGCUGCACCUGCACCUGAUGUGACUUCCGGCAGACGGAUAUCAACAAGUACUGCUACUACUAGUGCUAGCACUCAAAGAGCCCAGUCUACAGCCAGUCGCAUCAGCAAAGGCACUCUUGAUGCUUGGAUUGGCUCAGUUGGUCAAGACAAUUCUAACAACGUUAUCAGCACUACUACACUUUCAGUUCCUCCUGUUAUUCCAGUCAACACCUCCACAAUUAGUGCAAUAAACAGAACAGUAAGAACCACUACCACACGAGAUCCAUUCCCGUUUCCAAUUCCUGAAGAGCAGAUCUUCAGUGGGAGGCCUCACGCAAGGCUUCGACGAACUGCUAAGUCAGCAAAUGCUUCAUUCACUAAUGCUUCAGAUGUUACUGAAACUCUGAAUACAACCAGCAAUCAGAAUUUCUCUUUUGUUUCUGAAAGAUUGCAGAUCUCAGCAAUGCCUUUAAUUGUUCCUCCCAGUAUAAAUGGUUCCAGCAUAGAAAGCAAUGGAUCACAGCUUGACAUUUCAGAGGGUGAAAUCACUGAAAUGGGAGCAACUGACAACAGCAGGAUCAAUGUGAACAUGAGUGGAAGUGUCUUUGGAGAAGGGUCUUCAAAUGCAACACAGAACUCCACUGAUUAUUCAGAGUAUGAUACACAUUAUAACACAGUAGAAGGGACCUCUGGGUCUGGUGGGAGGCCAGGAUUUCAAGGAGGUGGAUUCAGUGGAAGUAGUAUCAGUACUGGAGCUGGUACAGAUCCAUCUGGAGGAUCCAACUUUGGAUCAGAAGCAGGAGAUGGUGAUGAAGUUCUUCCAGAUAUACAGCCUCCACCUGCAUCAAGACCCAGCCCCAUGAUAGAGUGGAGUAAAAUAGCCAUUAAUGAUAUGAAGUUUGAAACCUACACAGCAACAGGUAUAAAAUCACAGACUUUAACAUUUAAACCUUUCAGCCUUAAAAGUAAAAAGAUUUACAUGAUAGAAGUCAUUGUUGGUAACGAAACAGGAAAAGCACAGCUUUUCCUCUUCACUAAUGAAGCUCCUCAGGGACUGACAUGCGAGGUGCGACCCAGCAUUGGAUCAGAGAUUCUGACACAUUACAGCAUGUUCUGUACUUCUGGGAGGAAGGAUCUGCAUUACGAGUACAGCUACAGCAUUGGCAAUUCAACUGAAACUGUUUUGUAUGAUGGAAGGGAUCAUGAGUACUACUUUAAGUUGCCUGCUGGCGAAGCCACCAAUAGAUAUAAAUUGACGAUCAAUACUGUGAUUACUGAUUUACUUGGAUCGAAAACCAAGCCAUGUUCAGUUACUCCAGUUGUUUUACCAAGUAUUAAAACAGAUGAAGAACUGUGCACCCAGGGUCUUCAGAACCUUUCAAUUCUCAUGUUGUUGGGAAACCAAAAGGAAACAAAAAAUUACAUCGUAUUGUUGGCCAGGGUGCUCUAUCGUCUCCAUAAAGAGGGAGGAAUCACAAGUGAUUUCCAGAUACGGACCAGAAAUAUGUUAAUAAGUGCUCUUUGCAGCCUAACUAUAUCUAGUCAGAGGGAGCUGAUGGAAACUGUCUCUGUAUUACAUGACCUUGUUAAUGUAACCAAUGAGGUAACUUUGGAAAGUGCACUAAUUGUAACAAGAACAGUCAAAGACAUGAUCAAGCUUUUUAAAGAAUUUGGAGAGUUCAGAAUGCAUGAAGAAUUAGUGAAGGAAAUAGUCUUUGUAGUGGCUGAUGUAAUGGGAGUAACUGACAACAGCACAGCAAAGUCAAAGAGUUUGUUAUUUGAAGGCCUGAAAACAACAACCGAACUAUUAUUGAGAUAUGUAUUAAUCAACAAUCAAUCAGAGUUUUAUGUAAACACCAAUUUAAUGGAACUCCAGACUACUCAAAACUAUGGUUUACAGAACACAGUGCUAAGUACACAUUCUGCUAAGUUUUAUCUGCCUGAUCUUCUGGACAAGCAGAUUUCUGGUGAACAUAGCAAUUGCAUCAUAAGCCAUCUGAUCAGCUUCAAAAAAAAUCCAUAUAUCUGGGGAAUGUCGCCAGUAGAGGUCAGUUGGUACUUUGGAAAUAUGAUUAACGGUGAUGUUGCUGACCUGACUCUGUAUAACUGCACAAACAGAAGAAAAGUUGAAGUAAAAGGGCUCAAAACACCUGUCCUAAUAGAAUUUGAAAUGAAGGACAGAAUUCAGGAACAGCUUUCUGUAUACUUGCUACUUCGUACUCAAAUGAAUGUUCAUAUCUUGCCAGUGACUCCAGCAAACAUACAGCAAGCUUUGCAGAUAACAGUGAGCUUCACUAGGCCUAACCAGCAAGUGUUUCCUAUCAUGCUGUUAGUGAGGUCCAACAAGGAACCAACUCCAAGUAAAUACAACCUGAAACAAAUACAUUACUGGGAUGGAGAAACAAUCCACUUAUUUAUUCCUGCAGCAUCACUCUUGGGCGUAGGGACAUAUUACUUUGGUCUUUUAGAUGCCAACUAUAACAGAAAACCAAAAAAUAACUACCUUGCCAAGAAUGUUAGUUAUACUGUGAGUAUCCAGUGGACCCACUGCCUGUACUGGAAUGAUAUCCGAGAGUGGAAGUCUGAUGGUUGUUCACCGCAGCAGGAAUCAUAUUCACAGAAAAUAAACUGCAGUUGUAACCAUAUGACAACAUUUACAGUUGCAAAUCAGCAGUUUGUGAUGAAGAAUGUCAAAUUCACUGAUGUCUUGACCUUUAUCAGUGUCUUUGAAAACUAUGGCACUUGCAUCACUGUUCUAUUUGCCCUCACCCUCUACGUUCUGCUGGUUAUCUUGUGUAAGCGCAUGGAUUUUUACAUUGACACUAAACCUGGACUUGUCGUAUUGCAAGACAAUGCUCCCACUGACCAGUAUCUGUAUGAGAUCAUUGUAGAGACUGGCUUCAGGACUAGGGCUGGAACGACUGCCAAGGUGUACAUCAAACUUCAUGGAGAAGAUGGCAUUUCUGAAACAAGAGAGUUAUACCACUCUGAGAAGCAAUUAUUUGAAAGAAAUUCCAGACAUGCAUUUGUAAUGAGUGUUCCAGAGAGUCUUGGUUCCAUUUGGAAGGUUCAUCUUUGGCAUAAUAAUGGUGGUCAUUCUCCCAGCUGGUAUGUUACCUCAGUAAUUGUCAGGGAUCUGCUAAAUGGCACAAGCUGGUUCUUUCCUGCUGAAUGCUGGCUUGCAGCGGAGGAAGGGGAUGGAAAAGUAGAACGAGAACUGAUCUUGCUCACCCAAGGGCCUGGAUUUAAGAAACUUCUGUAUAGCAAACUAACUGAGUACUUGGAAGACUUUCACCUCUGGGGUUCAGUGUACAGCUGCCCAUCUUAUAGUUCUUUUACUCAUACCCAGCGUCUCAGUGUCUGUCUUUGCCUCCUGUUGGGUUACAUGUGUCUGAAUGCUGUGCUGACGAACCUGAAGGAUGAGGAGUAUACAGCUGAACUAGGUCUCAUUGACGUCUCCACGGCCUCCCUAAUUACUGGCUUGAUUACGACCGUGGUAGUUCUGCCAAUUAUACUAUUGGUGUCAUUAUUAUUCAGGUUUAGCAAGGUAAAAUUGCUGAGGGAAGCUUCUGUUGAAGAACGAUAUGUGACUACAAUAGAAUCCAAUGCUUCUGGCACUCAUCGGGAUGCUCUGCUGGCCUCAGACAGUGCAUUUGAAUCGUACCUGACCUGGCAGAAUCUGCAGCAAUGGGCACAGGAAUUGUGGAGAAAAAAAUAUGAGCGUGGUUUACUCGAGCCACAAUCUCCCAGCAUUCACUCAGAGCACCACAGUGAAAUGAGCAACAAGAAAGAUGGAAAUUGCUUGUCUGAAGGCAGCUCAAGUGGAUUUGAGGACUGUAGUUCACAGGAAAACGCCAGGCCAGUCGUGAAGGAUUCCAAACACAGCUCUAGUGACCGGCGAUCAGAUUAUUCAUCAGAACACAGCGGUUUGUUUGAACAGCCCAUGAAGAAUAGAGCCAGACAUUUUCUCCCAAGUUGGUGCAACUAUCUGGCAUGGGUGAUCUGCCUUUUGAUUGCUUUGGUGUGCAUAUUGAUUACAAGCCUUUUAGGACUACGGUUUGGACCAACCAAAUCUAUAUUAUGGUUACAUUCGCUGUUCUUCUCCCUUCUGUACUGCAUCUUUGUCAUCCAACCUAUAGCAAUUUUCUGCAUAGCAGCUGUUGUUGCACUGAAAAACAAGGAUUGUAGUGACAUUUACGUCAACCUUGUCGAUUCUAAUUCUUCAUCAGAAGCCUGCAAGCAAUUGAAUUCUGAACCUGGUUUUCUUUCUGAGGAUUGUCCCAUUGAUAACAAUUACAAUCCAUACCAUUCCUCUAUGGAUCUUGACAGGAUUGUUGCUGCUCGUCAAAGGGCUCGCUAUUUAAGAUUAGCUCGACCACCAACAGUUGUGCAACUUAAAGAAGCCAAAGACCGUAUGAGAAAAGAGAGCCUAAUUCAACAGACAUUACAAGAAUUUGUGCUCUACAUUGUCAUGCUGAUUCUGCUGCUGUUGAUUACGUUUGGCAAAUUUUCCAAAGACGAAUAUUACCUCAACCAAGCCAUUCGAGCAGAGUUUAUUAGGAAUGAGAAAAGUCCUUUCAUAAAUGUGAAAACAGCUGAUGAUUGGUGGAACUGGAGUUUUGGUGUUUUGUUACAUGGCCUGUAUUGGGACACAUGGUACAACAACGCUGCAGCAAAAAGUCAGAUUCCAGAAGUGUUGUCAGGGCUCAUCCAGGGCUGUGAGUCUCCACACACUACUACGAUCCACCAUUCAGAUCACUCAAACAUAACAAACCAUGUGAGAACUGAACAGUCCAGCCAGUGUGGCCGAUUUAAUUGCUACAAAGGAAGGGGAUCUGUUAUUAAACUUGGUAGAACACGGCAUGAGACUUAUGCAGCACUACUAACACUGAAGGAAACUGAGUGGAUCGAUCAGAACACGAGAGCAGUGAUGGUAAAGUUCACCCUCUACAAUCCUCCUACCAACCUCUUCACCACAGUAUCUCUGCUGGCAGAGUUUCCACCAUUAGGAGGUGUCCUUCCAUCAGCUCAAAUAGAGUCGGUCAGCAUUUACAAGAAAAACUCUGUUAUGGACUAUUUCAUCAUGGCUUUUGAGCUUUUGUUCCUGACCCUUAUUCUACUUCACCUGUACUCCCAGGUGUGCAAGAUGACUCAGAGAGGCAUACUGAGUUACUGGCAGGAGCCGUGGAACUGGUUGGAGAUUGGACUUGUCGUGAUCAGUCUAUUUUAUUAUGUAUAUUACGUGUUUUACUUCGUAUUGGCUGUGGACGUUAUUGACCAUCUUCACAGUGGAUAUUUCAAAACCUUUGUAGAUAUGAGCUUUAUCUCUGCAUGGAUACAGAUAAAACGUUUCCUUCAUGGAUUGACUAUGUUCUUGCUGCUAAUAAAAAGCAUUCGUUUGCUACGUGUUAACAAGUUGAUGGCACCUUGUGUUACAAUGCUGCGACUGUCCUAUUCCAGUCUGAUGUUACCGGUGCUGUGUGGUAUUAUAGUCAUUGUGGCCUACUCCUGUCUGGGUAACCUGCUAUUCCUGUCAGAAUCCUAUUCAUUCAGUACCAUUGUGAGAGCUUUUCAGACCGUGUUGAUGUACUUCAUGGGCAUGAGUGAAAUCAGAACACUUUCAACUCUGUACAAGUUGAACCAGCUAUCCAUUGCUGCCUACUAUGGAACAUUCUUUAUUAUGAUGACCAUACUGUGGGGUGGAUUGUUCAUAGGGAUUCUUACCUCAAUAGCUGAAGAAACAAAGAAGUCAUCACGAAGUAAACACCUGGUGACAUUCACUGAAGUAGCAGUUUAUGCUCGGGAGAAGAUUAUGACCUUCACAGGAAGGAACAGAAACAGAGAAUUAGACCAGGAUUCAACUCAAGGAAACAACUUUUACUUGGAUGAGUUUGAAAACUUGAUGGAUGAGUUGUUGUUCCGACUCAAUGCACUCUCAAACAGUCUUCACCACUCUCUCCCAGCAAAACCACAUAUUUUGGAGGACAGCCCAUAUGGAUUAGGCCCUGGCUAUUACUUCAACCAGCGAUCUGAGAAUCAUACUUUUCAUGAAAAUCAUUUGGAGCAUAAAAUUUACAAACUUGAAGAAGAACUGUUCAGAAAUAACCUGCAGUUUUAUAAACUUUUAAUACCAGGAAGAGAACACAAUUCUGAAUCAGAUAUUACAGAUAUCAAGACUUUACGGUCCAAGCUUGAGUUAGAGACUCUCCAUCAACUUCAGAUUUGUCAAGGGAAUAUACAUGGAACAUCUGAGAGUGCUCAAAGUGGCCAGAUGCCGAGCCACCCUCAAAAAAUUGUUGAGGCUGAUCCUUCCACACUGAGUGACUUUUCAUUAUCCAAUGACAAUGUUAUAAAAAUUGUGCCUUGUGGUGCUUCAGGUUCACCUGAAACAUUUUGCAAUUCCAUUUCAGCGUCUUACAGUAUUUCCACCCACAAUGAUUCUCCACAGGCAGGAGUCACUUUGAGUGCUGAACAUUAUAAUCUUGCUAAACUAGGAGACACACUGCCCCAUGUGUUGUGUGGAAUUAAAUGUCCAGAGAAGCAGGCAACACAGACACGCAUGCUUAAGAGUAGAGCGACCGGUCAACAGCGCUGCUCCUCAGCCAGCACAUCAGGUAAGAACCGUAAACAGCUUAAACGGUCCCACACCACAGUGAUUCAGAUCCUUGAUAAUCCCAAAGACCUAGCAGUUGAAACUUUUAAGAUUUCUGAGCAAGCUAGUUUUGAUUCUUCAAGUCAGUGCUUUGAAAGCCCUGCUGUGAAACCACGCUCACCAGACAAAAUACAACAGGAAAAGGUGCCAGAGGAAAAAGUGGGGAGUGAAAACAAACCUUUUCAAGUACCAAAAAAACUUGAAAGUUCAAUCCUAUCUUCACAGAGUAAUGGUGAACAGAAUGAAAAUGUGGAUAUGCCAGUACUUCCAGGAUUCAUAAAACAAUGCUGGUAA